AUGUCCGACCCCAAAGACAAAGAAGAACCUGAGCCACCACUGACUCAACCAACCCUAACAACGACCACCACAACCACCGCAAAAGAUCUAACAACCGCCCUAAACCUAAUAUCAACCUCCAUAGCCGAACAACGCCAAACAACCAGCCGCGCCCUAAUCCACAGCACCCCCUUCCUCGCCACCGUGCUGGGCCUAAUAAUCCCACACGCCCUCGUCACAGAAUUUUACCGACUAGACCGUGUCUCAGCUGCGUUCACGGGUCUCGCUAUCAUUGCCGCGGCGCUGAAGAGCGUGGAGUUGAUUACGGCGGGGUAUCUUGAUGCGGCGGGUGAUAUGGACACGAUCGUCGGAACGCUCGUAUUGCGCGUCUAUCCCGCACCACCAUCAACGUCAACCAAGAAGAUCCCCCUCAUCCGCGCAUGGACAGUUAAACAAGCAUACCGCGGAAACGGCGUCGGUCGAUCCCUUCUCCGUCUCGCCGUUACACACUGUCGAUCGAACGGGUGGGCUGAUCCGGCAUUCGCGGUCGAUCAUGCGAAUUGUUUGCGGGUUUUGCCGAGUUGGUUUUAUGGGGGUUUGGUUCCUGGGGAGAGUGUUGCUAGGGAGGUUUUGGAGAGGGAGUUGGGUGAGGUGGGGGGUGUUGAUGGAGACGAGCAUUCGGAAUGA